AUGGGUCAUGGCCAAGAGGGGAAACAGGAAUGGAUCAGCUGUUUUGACGACUUCUACAGUGACCUGUUUCUGCAGGAUUUUGAAAAUGUUGAUAUGGCAAAAUAUAAUGUGGUCUCCACACUGGGGAUGCGAGGAGGCUGGUGCAGUCUUCCCAUCAACAGGAGCAGCACCACCUCUGUGUACAGCUCUGUCACCAUCCCCUCGAUCUACAGCAGCUGGGCCAACCAGCCAACCAGCACCACCAACUUCACAACAGACAAUGCUGGUUGUGUGGCAGUUUCGGAAGCAUAUUUCCAGUGGGGUCUUGGACAAACCAUGACAAGGGAACAUUUCCCAACUUGUGGAUAUCCACAAGGAUAUCUACAGACAACUACCGGGGAACAUGAACGGGGUGAUAUGCAAUCAGUCGCCAGGGAACACCCACAAGGAUAUCUACAGACAACUACCGGGGAACAUGAACGGGGAGAUAUGCAAUCAGUCGGCAGGGAACACCCACAAGGAUAUCUACAGACAACUACCGGGGAACAUGAACGGGGAGAUAUGCAAUCAGUCAGCAGGGAACACCCACAAGGAUAUCUACAGAGAACUACCGGGGAACAUGAACGAGGAGAUAUGCAAUCAGUCAGCAGGGAACACCCACAAGGAUAUCUACAGACAACUACCCGGGAACCAGAGAACUACCGGGGAACAUGA